AUGUCGGAUUCUUCCGAAGAGGAAGAUCUAUCACGAUUUCAAGAGGCUGUGGAUACAACAUUUGUCAAAUUGAUAAACGCGGAAGCUGUUAAUAAAGUUCCAAUAACUGAAAAAUCCGAUUCCAAGUUGUGCUCUCAGAGAUACUUAGAGGAAGCAACCCAUUACAAUGAUGUUAAAGUAUCUAAACACUUACAAAAGAAAAUAGGAGCAAAAGUUUCUGAAAUUAUAAACAGAAAUUUUAAAUUUGUUAAUGUGCAAGACGAAGUAAUGAACAAACCAACUAUUGAAGGUGGAGUAAAGUUGUUCAGAGAUUCUGCUGGAUUUCUCUCUUGUGAAGAUGCAAAAGAUACGUAUACAGAAUGUCACAAUAAUUUUUCAAGAAAAUUGCAACAAAAAAGAAGGCAAAUAGAUAGCAAUGUUGAGGGAGUUGAUGAACACGCUAAAAUCAAAUCAGUGGUAGUUAGUGGUGAGUAUGUUCUAUCAAAAGAGGAAACAAAGUGUUGGAAGUCUAGAAGAAAGGAGAAGUUGUUUAAAUACAAGGCGAAUGGUGAUAAAAAUGUCUUAACUGCUUUAGAAUAA